AGGACGCGGAGACCGUUGUCGGACCCGCAGAGGACGCACGUCGAGUGUCGCGAACGGUGAUCUCGUGUGAUAUCUGAACCGCGUGUCGACCGACUGACCCGGAACGGAUACGGUUCCAACAACAAAGUCACCGCAGCGAUGACCAUGAACACUAGCCACGAGUCGCUCAAGCACUGGCUGUCCGGCGUGCUGACGGACGAAGGCGCGUACGGCGCGACCGCUGACCGGCCGGCCACGUUCGACCCGGAUCGCGAUCCCAGGCACGCGUCCCGGCCCAAGCAGACGCAGCGGCUGUCGUGCGUGGUGGCCACGGGCCGGGUGUCCGUGCCCGGGGGCCCGCGAAAGACGGACGUGCGGCUCACGGUCAAGCUGAAACCGCCUGUGGAGCAGCUGCGCACCGUGCUCAAGGCGGACGGGCAGUUCCACAACGAGAUCUACGCGUAUAAGAACGUGGUGCCAUUCCUGGUCGAACACCUGUAUGACGGGGCCCGACCGCCCGCCGUGCCCGUGUUCGUGUACGGCCGCAACGAGGGCGGCCCGCACUGGUCCGGGGACGUGAUCGUGUUGGAGGACCCGCUGGACUCCGGGUACUCGGUGGCCCGCGCACCCGAACCACCGGUGCCUGGUAGCAGCGGUACGCACAUGGACUACGACCACUUGGCCGCGGCUAUCGCGGCCCUGGGCCGGUUCCAUGGCAUGUCGCUGACGGCCAAGCAGAAGAACCCGGUGGCGUUCCGCAAGCUGGUCGGCAAGCUGCGCGAGAUCCAGUGGGACGACGACGGAUGGCUGGUCAAGAGCAACGGGCUCAAGUCACUGAGCAUGCGCGGUGCUCGACCGCUCAUGGAACAGGAGCAGUACCGGGACGGCAAACUCAAAGGGUUCUUAAACAUCGUCCGGGAGGCGGAUCGCAACCUGAAGCUGGCCGUGACGCCCAAGGAACCGCACGCAGUCAUAUGCCACGGCGACUACUGCAAGCCCAAUAUACUGUUCAGCUACGACGAGUCCGGGCAACCGCGGGACGCCAUGAUCACCGAGUUCAGCGCAGUCAGGUACGGUUCGCCGGGACUGGACCUGUCGUACUUCUUGUACAAGAACGCGGACCGGGACGUGCAGAACAACCGGUGGGAGGACUUGCUGACGGUGUACCUGGAGUCGCUGGUGACCGUGCUGCCGGACGACGUGAAAGCGCCCACCAUGGACCAGCUGCACCACGAGCUCCGGUUCCACGCGUUCUACGGUUACGCGCACCUGCUGUUCGCCGUGCCGUACAUGAUCAACGACAAUCCGCACGAGCUGCUGGACGCGGACGACGAGAACGCUACGGUCGAGGAAAUGCUGGUCUCGCGGCUAGACGCGGCCGACGGCAAGAUAACCGACAUCCUCUCGGCCACGGUGCGGCACAUCAUCGACCACGGGUACGCGGACAAGUACGAGUACUCCAGCAACAUCCGUUGACCGGACAAGUGCCACCCCGGACGAUAGUGUUUAUAAUUGUUGUAAAUAGUUCAUAUAACUCACGUAGCCGGUGCCGGACCGAUGUCUCGCGGCCAGUGGCCGGGCGCGAAACUUCCGAUCUGCAAUCCUUCCGUAACUCAACAUAACUCAAAACAAUUAUUAAAAUUGAUCGCGGUCGUAAUGCGUUAUUCGAUGUAUUGCCAGAUACAUCACUAAAUAGAUACAUACUAAAUCUAGAGAUCCGAUGCUCCUAAAAGUAACUUUAUCCUCGAGGCUCCGACGCACGGCACCGCCUGCACAUGUGAUUUCCGUCGCCAUCGCGGUCGGUGCAAAGUCCGGUCGUUUAAUGUUUUCCACCGCUUCUUCCUUUUAUGUUUUACUUCGCUCCUCUAGUUCUCUUCUUCUUCUCCGGCAUCCGUUUACUUUUGCCGUACCAUAAGUACUCGAUUCUUGCGAUCAAUCCGUUUUAUUUCGUUUUCCGUCGUGCAAUAAAAACCAAUAUUAUUAUUAUUAUUAAAA